UUUACACACGGACAUAAGUGUGCUGAAGAAGCGGGGUUCUAUCUGGUGAAUUUCGUAUGCGAUCAGCUGUUCGGAGCUCAGCGGCAGUACGGAACAGGAGGAGCAAGAUUGUGCUUGAUUUGGAUUUGGAUUUUCGGGAGCCAGCUUCUACUCUACUGAAUGAGAACUGAUUUACCAGACGAGCUAAAUCCAUUUGGCAUACAAUGGCCUACAGACAGGUGCAGUGGCUUUCUUUGAUGUGUGUUGUCAUCUUUACAUCCAGCCAGGCAUUGCAGAUCCAUCGCAUCGCCCGUCAAGCACCUGAGUCAGGGUGGGGAGAGUGGGGCAUUUGGAGUGCCUGCUCAAGAUCAUGUGAAGGCGGAGUGUCCUACCAGGAGAGGCAGUGCAUCCCAGGACCAGGACUAUGUGUUGGUCCCCAGAGGAACUAUAGGUCAUGUCAGAUCCAGGACUGUCCUGAGGGAGCGAUAGACUUCAGACUUGAACAGUGCGCUUCAUUCAAUGAUAUCCUCUACGAAGGUAGACUCUUCAAAUGGGUGCCAUACGAAGGAGGUCCAAACCAAUGUGAGCUGAACUGUAUGCCCAAAGGGGAACACUUCUACUACCGCCAUGCAGAGAAGGUGAUCGAUGGAACCAGAUGUGGGCCAAACACUAUUGAUGUCUGUGUGGAUGGGGUCUGCAGGAGUGUUGGCUGUGAUAUGAUGCUUGACUCCAAUACUGUAGAAGACAUGUGUAGAGAUUGUGGAGGGGAUAACAGUACGUGUCGUCUGUUUGAGAAUAGGUUUACAAGGAGGAGACUUCCAGAAGGUUAUAAUGACAUUCAUAUCAUACCAGCUGGAGCUACAAAUGGACGUAUUGCAGAGAUUCGGGGUUCUCAUAACUAUCUGGCUCUAAGGAAUGUCCAUGGUGAGUACUACCUGAAUGGAGAUUUCAGCAUAGAUCUUCCUCACUCUUUCAAGUCAGCCGGUACCACCAUGGACUAUGAUCGCAAGGUUGGAGCACCCCAAGAAAAAGCAGAAGUCAUCACAUUCCUUGGACCUUUAGAAGAACCUCUCUUCUUAGUGCUGCUGACUCAGGGAAGGAACCAUGGCAUUGAAUACUCUUACUAUGUUCCAAAUGGAGUUGGUCCUGAUGAACCAGACUCUUAUUCCUGGACUUACAAUUCAUACUCUAACUGCUCCAAGGCAUGUGGAGGGGGUUUCCAGACAAGGACGGUUACCUGUACCCGCUCUGGUGACUAUGAGCCUGUCCCAACUUACCUGUGUGACCCCGCCCUGAAACCACGUAACAACAGGACCUGCAACGCAGAGGACUGCCCUCCAAAGACCUGCAAAACAGAUUACUGCCCUCCAAAAUGGUACAUUGGAGACUGGAGUCCAUGUUCUCAGACAUGUGAUGAAGGAUCAAAGGUCAGACAAGUUUAUUGUCAGCAGCAGUUAGAGAAUGGUCGGAGUGAGGCCAUUGAGGAGGCAUACUGCUUAGGGCUUCUAGGGUUCAAGCCUGAGUACCAGGAGGCAUGCACGGUGCAGCAAUGUCCUCAUUGGGUUGCUGGAGAGUGGUCAGAGUGUUCUGUUGAGUGUGGAGAUGGGACCCAGGCCAGACAGAUCAAUUGCAUGGCUGAUCUUCAAGAGCCAGACUCAUCCUGUGAUGCCAAUGAUAGACCAGAUGAGGAACAAGAAUGUAACCUAGGUCCUUGUGAUGGAGUGGAGUGGAUGACAACAGAGUGGACACAGUGUGCAGGUCUGUGCGGUCUUGGCAUCAAAUCUCGUCAGCUGUUCUGCGCUACCAGGGCUGGUACAGUGUUUGAUAAGGAACUGUGUGAGAUGUCUGCCAUGCCUGACAUGACAUCAGCUUGUCUACUCCAAGAAGAGUGUGGACCAAGAUGGAUGGCAUCUCACUGGAGUGAGUGUUCUGCUACAUGUGGAGGAGGAGUCCACUCUCGUAUGGUGUUCUGUGCUGAUAUAACAGGCAACUCCAUGGUUCAAGUCCCUGAUUCUGACUGCGAUCCCAUGACCAAGUUUGAGCAAGAAGAGAUGUGCAAUACAGAUCUAUGCUCUGAUGACUAUGUCUGGUUUGUUGGACCAUGGGAAAAGUGCUCCAGACCGUGUGGUGAAGGUUCCAGGACUCGAAUCCUGGUGUGUAUGAAAGGAGAGAUACCUCAGAUCCCGUCUCUGUGCCAGGACUCUAUACGCCCCGGCAGUGAAGAGCAAUGUAACCCUAGGCCAUGCACAGCAGAUGGAACAGAAGAAAUUGAAGAAACAAUGUUCACAACAGCUAGAACAAUGAGUACAACAGCUAGAACGAUGAGUACAACAGAAGCUGCAAUAGAAGUUGUAACAGAAGAAACUGUGACCAUCUUAGCUACAGAUAUUGCAACGGAAGAAAUGAUGCUCAUAACAGAAGAAAUAAUAAGUUUCACAGAGAUCAUAGAAGUUCCAAUGAUAAUAGAAGUAGAGAUACAUGAUUUUGAAAUCCCAACCCUUGUGAAUGAGAGGCUUCAUAGUGGAACAGAAGGAAUAACCACUGAUCUGGCCAAUCUAGAGACAGACACAAUGUUAAGUACUGAAAGCACCCAACUACAGACGAAGUCUGGACAACUCCAUGUUAGUCCUGAAGCAUCAAAUACCAAUGACUCGUUGUCAUUUGAAGUAGUUUCUUCAUUCAAUGUUGCUGUUCCAUCUUCUCAUGAUGAAAAUAUCUUAAAUGAUGACAUUCUAGAUAGCACAGAGAGUUCAGUGGGUUGUGAAGAGAGUGAGUUUAGAUGUUGUCCUGACGGUGUAACAGCCGCUACAGGGCCCUUCAGUGAAGGGUGUAGAGAUUGUGACCAGACACCUUAUAAGUGUUGCCCAGAUGGAAUCACCCCAGCUAAGGGAGAGGACAAUGCAGGAUGUGAUGACAUUGCUGAGUUAGUAGGUGGAGAAGGGGAGAGCAUUGGAUGUGACUUUACUGAGUUCCGUUGUUGCCCUGACGAUGUAAAUGCUGCUACUGGACCGAACUAUGAAGGAUGUGAUAUUGAUCCUAUAGAAGAUCGUUGCUCUCUGUAUAAUGACCCUGGUAUUUGCCGUGCUUGGAUAGUGAAAUACUACUUUGACUCUAACUAUGGGCAGUGUACUCAGUUCUGGUACGGAGGCUGUGGAGGCAAUACCAACCUCUUUGACACCUAUGAAGAAUGCAGGAAUGAGUGUGUUGGUGGUGAUGAACAACUCACCCAAGAAGAUCUCUGCAUACUGCCAGCUGCUCCUGGCCCCUGUAAAGGCUCAUUUGAGAACUACUUUUAUAAUGACAAGACUAGCAGGUGCGAGAUCUUCAAGUAUGGAGGUUGCCGUGGUAACAAGAAUCGCUUCAGAACUGAAGCUGACUGUGAGAUUGCUUGUGGGACAUUCCAUGAAGAUCCAUGCAAUCUACAGGCAGAGUAUGGAGACUGCAGGGAUUCCCAUGUUAGAUGGUUCUUCAAUGCUGAUACUCGCAUGUGUGAAGAUUUUGAGUAUUCAGGUUGCCGUGGUAACCAGAAUCGUUUCAUGGAUAAGCAGGCUUGUGAGGAAAGAUGCAAUGCCAAUGUUAUAGGUGUUAUUGUACCAAUUACAAAGUAUGAGCAGUGCAGUGUAUCAGCCGAUCCAGGGAUUUGCUUUGCCUUCUUUCCUAUGUGGGCAUAUGAUGUAACAGCAGGAAAAUGCAAGGAGUUUAUAUAUGGUGGAUGUGAUGGCAACGACAACAGAUUUGAGACUGAGCUGGCUUGCCAGGAGGCUUGCUACGUUGAAGGCAAGACAAUAUGUGAGCGCCUCCGAGCCCUCCAUGAAGCCUCAGGGAUCAACGAUCGGCCACAGUGUAAGUUUGAUGGUAGCUUUGAACCUGUCCAAUGCCCCCCUAGGAGUGGAGAUUGUUGGUGUGUCACAGACCUAGGAGAAGAGAUUGAAGGCAGUAGAAUCACCAGGCAACUACACACACUAAGGCUUGAUUGCUCAGUGUACCCUGACAGCGCUGGUAACUCUGAACCCACCAUCAGGCCGACCACAGCAGACAUGGCUGACCUGUCGCUAUGUCAGCAGGACCAGCGUACAGCCGAGGGUAGCUAUGUACCUCAGUGUACAGAGAGUGGAGAGUAUGAACACAUGCAGUGCUUUGGAUCUAACAAUGAUUACUGCUGGUGUGUGAAUGAGAAUGGAGAAGAGCUGACCUUCACCAGGACUCUACCGGGUCAAGAGAGACCAAGUUGUGAUGGUAUCCUAGAUACAGUGUGCUUCACAUCAUACAGACUGAUCACUGAAGACAACCAAGCGUCAGACUACAUGCCUCAAUGUACACCCCAAGGCUUGUUUGCUAAGCUACAAUGCCAGACAGAGAGAGGUUGUCUAUGUGUAGAUGAAACCACUGGGUCCGUCCUGUUUGCGGUGGAUGUAGACCCUAACACGGCCACACCCAGACAGUGUGAUGGGGUCAGCACCAGAGUUUUGACAACAUGUCAGAUCCAUCGCCAGGAGAGCCUUGCUAGCAAUGGUGAAACAGAAGACCGAUACAUUGCUCAGUGUACUCCAGAUGGUUCCUAUGCCCAGGUCCAAUGCUACGAAGGCCAGGCCAGGUACUGCUGGUGUGUCAAUGAAGCAGGAGAAGAGAUUACAGGAACCAGGAGGCGAGAUGGACAACCAGAUUGCACAGUUGCAGAGACUGCAGAACCUACUGAAGCCGUAACGGAGAGGACUACAGCAGCAGCAGCAGCUACUCCAACACAAGCAAACACAGGACUAGAGACCACCACUACCAUCAUCACCACCCAGGCAUCUAUCAUUGAUGUCAAUGAUGUCAUCAUCAUUGGUGAAGAAGACACUCUAGAGGGAGAGGAGGAGGAGGAGGAGGUACCGGAGGAAGGAGAUUGCACUGACAGCUCUAAUUGCCAAGGUACAUCAUCAGCCAGCAUAGGACAGAGCCAGUCUUCAGUGACUGCCACACCUGGAGACAUGGUCGUCCUGACCUGUGAGGCAACAGGCUCUCCACCACCAACCAUCUCAUGGCAGAGGUUUGAACAAGAUGUCUCCGAGUUUGAUGACCGAAGGUUCCAAGUUAGCGAGGACGGUGUCUUGACCAUCUUGCAUGCUAAGGUCAGCGAUUCUGGACCUUUCUUGUGUGUGGCAGAUAACGGCAUUGGGGAACCAGAUAUAGCCACCUUUGAAAUUACAGUUUCAGACCGUUCUCGACCUACAAGGAGGCGCGGUCACCGCCAGUCUCGCAUCAAGGUCCGGGAAGGCAAGAGCGUCAACAUGAACUGCCGAGCCAAGGGCAACCCUCUCCCUACCAUCACCUGGGAGUUUCAGGGAAUGGAACUGUCUGAUAUUGAGAACAGGAUCACUAAAGGAGCGGGAGGACUACUCAAGAUUGCUGAUGUCAGUCUGGCUGACAUGGGUACCUACAAGUGUACGGCUAGGAACAUGUAUGGCAUUAUACAGAUGAGAGUGUUUACUCUUAUCGUGGAAGCCGAAGUUGCAAUAGUGGAUCCUCCCCUCAGUCAGCAAAUCACCGAGGGUGACACAAUCCAGCUUCUAUGUGGGACCACUGGAUCACCUAAACCAAACGUAAUGUGGAACCGUAAUGAUGCUCCACUACCCAACACUAAUCGCUUUGUCAUCGGUCAAAAUAAUGAUCUUACAAUUAGAGAUAUAAAGCAAACAGAUCGUGGUAAAUACUCGUGUACAGCAGCCAAUGGAAUCAGUACAAGAACAGCCAAUGCAGUCAUUUCUGUCUCAGGUAUUUUAGGUGCCGAGGUGGAUCCAAACUGCCAAGACUCGCCACAGUACGUAUCAUGUCAGCUGAUCGUUAUAGCAAAGCUCUGCCCGACGUAUCCUUACAUCAAGUUCUGCUGUAGAACAUGUAGGGACAAUAACAUGCUACCGCUCACUACUGCUAGGCCUUGAACGUAUGAGGAGCUAGCUGAUUCUACCAUUUUGAAAACUGGAUAUGCACUUAAUCUUUUUCAUAUUUUAUGAAAAGGAUUAGUUUGAUUACCCCAUGUAAUUGUUACUACGGUACUCAUUUUAUGACAAAUGAUCAUCAAGAGAAAGUAGAAAGUAUAUGUAAAACUCCCAAUCCAACAAUAUCACAUUGCAAGUUAUUGUUCUGUCCUGUCUUUUAAAAAGUAUAUCCAGCCCCAAAAUAAGCCUUCAAAUCAGAAACUUGCAGAGUUUAGGGAGAUUAAUACCUACACAAAGUUAUGUAUCGGGUAAUAGAGUUUUGAUUCUGAUGUCAAUUUAUAUUCUUUGGGGUUAUGAUUCAAUCAAAAUUUGUACUUAAGUGGAAUAGAACUGCUUUAUGAGGACUUUCAAUAUUUUAUAACAGUUGAAGAUACCAGUAUCUUGUAAAUUUCUUUGAACUAUUGAUUUGUUUAUGACAUAAUUUCCCCUCUGAUUUUAGAUCAAGUCCAGCAGUGUAACAGAUAAAUAGAAUUAUGUUUUGUGUACCUGACAUCAAGUUUUAACAAAUAACGUUUAUCAAUAUUUUGCAAUAUGAGAUUAUUCAUGUACAUUUGUACAUGAGUAGUAUGGUAUGCAUAAUUCAUUUGCUUCAAAAUGUUUUGAAACCCUGGAACUGAUGUUCUUAUUUUUAAGGGAAAAUGUUUCUUCUCAUGAAGUCAGUCAUGUCUGACAUUGUGAUGUGACUGGAAUGUUACUUAAGUGGGAACAUUGUUGAAUUUCUCUGUGCUAGAUGACACCUAAUAUUAUGACCAAAUAUGGAAGACAGUGUAAAUACAUGAAUGCAAUUCUCAAGGUGGAACCCUGCAUUGUCUUUCAGUACAUUAACUCUUUCAGGCCUAGAAAUAAUUUUCAUUUUGUAAGCACAAUGUAUUGUAUAUUUGAACAACAUAUUUGCAAAUUGUCCUGAGUAUGCACUAGAGUCCAGCAUUGUCCACAUUUACUUGUCAUGAAACCUGUAGGAAAAUGUGCUUCUAGAAUGUUUAUGUUAAAAAAACUUGUUUCUAAAAUAUCAUAAAAUAUUUAUGUGCUUCAGGUAAUAAUAGUUUUUUCAGUGUAAACGAGUCUAGUGUAAAUAGAUAUUCUUUUGAAUAAAUGGCUUUUAGUAAGGAGUCUUUGAGCCUCUUAUAUAUUCUCAAUUGCAAAUUUGUUUUUAAAGUUUUGUAGACCAAGCCCAAAACACUUCUUUUGUACAUAACACCUGUGGUAUUAAUACUUCUUAUUUAUAAAUAUAUAUAUUUCAAUGGGUGCUUUUUUUGUAUGUUUCUACUUGUGUGUCUAUGAUGUAUGUUUCUAAUUGUGUGUCUAUGUUGUAGCUAUGUAAUAAAAUAUAUUAUCCUUGUUUUUUUUUAAUGUGAUCAAAAUGAUUCAUCAAUCUGUUCAUCUAUAGCAAAUGAGGUGAAUCAAAAACCUGUAAAAUAGGAACUUUGUCUAUGUUUAUUCAUUGCAUUUUUUAUAUUUUGGUAAUUGGUACCGUUUUUUCUGAAGAGAAAACGGUAUCAUGUACCUUCCACAAUGGUGCUAAAAUGAAUUGCUGCAUUCUGAUAUGCCAAAGUGUACUGCGACAAGAAUAAAUUCAGACUAUUUUCUACUUUAUUCGGUUCCAUUUUUAUAUCCACAUGCUUAUUUUGAUGUUUUGUUUUAUAUAAGGUUGUCAUGAAGCAAUUCUUUUAGUAGCUGUAAUAUAAUUUUAAUGAAUAAAUUGUUUGUAUUCACGAGUAUAUAAUGUAUUGUGACUUGAUGAAUGUCUUUAUGAUGCAGAAUGAUAAAACCCUGUUAACUGCAUGUUUUCCAUAAUUGAUUUUCUACAAAUAAGAAGCAAUACGUGAAAUAAAUUGAAAUAGAUUAUCUUGUAUCUGGUCAAUUAAAGAUAUUGUCACUUGUUCACCACCCUACAUGUUAUUUUCAGUACACGGGACCAAGAAGGAAUUGUCAAAGCAUAUAAUGUAGCAUAUUAUACCUACACCUAACAACUAUGCAUGGAUUUCAUUCUACUUAGCAACUAUAAUGUAAUGGCAAUAAGUGCACUUGAUAAGAGGAUUGAUUGUAUUGCUGCCUAUUGGUGUGUAGCUGCUGUAUCACAAGUCUGCAGCUUUGAACAGUUCUACUUCUAAAUGUAUGUACAUUCAUGCUGCAGAAUGUAACAGGGAUUUUUUAAACAUCAUUUUCGUUUUUUAUAAUAUCACUGUUUUAUGUUCCAUAAUAUGUAAUACCUCAAGCACUAUUUUGGUUUACUUGAUCAGAAUUUGAUGUACCAAUAUCACUUAAAGUAAAGAAAAAAACGUUCUGAGGAGACAAGUACAUGUUACUAAGGGCAUUUCUACAGCUGUUGUUUACAUAGCAAUGAUCUACUAAAUGAUAUACUUCAACAAUUUACAAAUAAUAACUAACCUAUGUAAAUGUCAUCAUUUUAAAUAUUAAAUGAGCAUCUACAUUUAUAGCAAGGUAUGUAGUAUGUAAAACUACCAUAUUUUUUAAUCGAGGUCAUUAAUUUGUUCUUGCAAUGUUCUAUCAUGGAAUGCAAAUGAUUAGAACAUGCAUUAUUCUUUAAAAUGAAUUGUGUAAUCCAUUUCCAUGAUUGGUGUACAUAUCCAGUAUAUCCCCGAAUUGGUAGCAAGGUGAUGUAUCCUUAUCAUUCCAAUUCUAAUUCAUUAUGGACUCUUUUUGAUGGUGCAAAAAAAUAUACAAUGUACUGUUUGGUUUGUAAGAGACUGCUUUUAGAUUUUUAUGAAAAUGGAUAACAAAUGGCACAUCCUUUGUUAUUAAUCAACCAGUCAGCUCUAACAAGAACGGUUCCUACAUCAUUAUUUCAAUUUAAAAUGUAAAAUUCUCUGUAUGAGUUUUUGUGAACAAUAAAAUAUAGUGGUACAUCCAUCCCCCAUCCUGUUUGGCUCGAUGAUACCAAAAAAAAGAAGAUCUUUUCAACAUUCAGUUCUCUGUUUAAAUCAAUAUUUGUGUGCAUUUGAUGUAGACCUUUAAUUUGUUUUGUUUUAAUGACUUUGUUCUUUUCUACACAUUGUAACCGUAAAGUAGGGAUAUUUUGUCAUUAGUUUAGACUAUUUAUCCUGUACAAAUGGUACUUAUAAUAACAAUGUAUAUGUGUACAUGUAGGUCAAGCUAAACAAAUGAAGUUUGUUUAUGUAUUACGAUCACACUUCUGAACAAGGGGAAAGGAAAGAACAGUUUCAGAUUUAUAUAAAUUAUAUAUCUUUGCUUUAUGAGGUUUGUACAUUGUAAUCAUCAUCAGGAAAUAUUGCAUUCAUUGUUGAAUCAAAUUCUCAUCAUAACAUGAUGAAAAUCAAUUUCAAACUUUAUGUCUAUCCUCUAAAGUCGAGUUAAUCAUAUAUUCAUUGUUAGAUAGGAGGACCAAGUUACUUUAAAAGGACCAAGUUACUUUAAAGGACCAAAAAUAGAAAGACCUGUGUCUUCCACCAUCAUGAAUCAAUUACAUUUGUUACAGUUGUAAAUCAGUGGAAAUUAUCAACAGUUUUUUCGAAAAUAAAACUUUGCAUUUGUAUAAA